ACGUCCACAGCGGCCUCGACCGACUCGCGGUACUCGCAAUUUGCCUGGUUGACCUCCCCGCGCAGGCAGGGGGACCUCAAGCUCCCGCUCAUCGUGGACCGCAACCUGUCCAUCUCUCGCGACUACGGCGUCCUCAUCGAGACCGAGGGCACCACCCUCCGCGGGCUCUUUAUCAUCGACCCCAAGGACAUCCUCAGGCGCAUCCGCAGCGGACCGGCAUACGCUCAAGGAUCAUGGCUGAUCGAGACGACCCGGCUCGUGAAGGCGCUCCAGUGCACCGGCGCGCACGUCGAGGUGUGCCCCGCGAACUGGAGCGAGGGCGCGAAGAAGUUGAAGGCGAACCCGAAGGGCCCGCUCAAGUACUUCGCGAGCGUCGAGAACGGGAAUGGGAACAAGAAG